GGUCGCUUAAACAGAUGCGCCGACCAGACGGCACUGACUUUCUCCGUUGAGGAAUCAGCGAGAUGAAGAGCAGCGCCAACCCGGCACCAUGCGCUCCAGGCUCCCGCGGACCGCCUGCCUACUGCGCCUCGCUGCGCUCUGCAUCCUGCUCUCGAACACUGCAGCUUAUUUUGGACUGACCGGUCGGGAGCCAUUCGUGUUCUUACCAGGCCCCUUUUCAAACGAAGCUCCGACGGGGAAGGCCCACCUGAAGCAGUGCGAGCAGAUGACUCUGACCCGCCGGCAGAAGAGGCUGUGCCGCAGGGAGCCCGGUCUGGCGGAGACGCUGCGGGACUCGGUGCGCCUCAGCCUCCUGGAGUGUCGCUACCAGUUCAGGAACGAGCGCUGGAACUGCAGCCUGGACGGCCGGGGGAGCCUUCUGAAAAGAGCAUUCAAGGAGACCGCCUUCCUGCUGGCGGUGUCCUCGGCGGCGCUGACCCAUGCCCUCGCCAAAGCGUGCAGCUCGGGCCGCAUGGAGAGGUGCACGUGCGACGACUCCCCCGGCAUCCAGCAUCGCGAGGCGUGGCAGUGGGGGGUCUGCGGCGACAACCUGAAAUACAGCACCAAGUUCCUCAAGAAGUUCCUCGGCCAAAAGAAGGUCAGCAAGGACCUGAGGGCGCGGGUCGACGCCCACAACAUCAACGUCGGAAUUCGG